AUGGGUAACUCUAUGGGUCCCGGACAUGAGGGAAACAGGUUAAAGGCAUUAGGUGAUGGCGCAAAAACCUUUCUCCGGAAGCAGAGGCGUUCCAUCAUUGGGAAGCAUACAAGUAGUAAAAAAUCAGAUGAUUCGCCGACUAAUAAUGGUACUGUAAAAAGAAGCGCUGUGCGUGGACGAUCGUUUACAGCUUUUGAUGCUAUACAUAUUCCUAAAAGACGUGCGAGGGACCAAGUGGUUGUUGGUAGGAAGGAGUUACCGGCUCGUUCAUACUCCAAUAGUUCUGUACCAGAAAUAAGUGGCACUUCUAGUGGUGAUUAUUCGAGAGGUGAUACAGACCGAUGGUCUCCGGUUGAAGAACGUUCAUUUUCCGAUUCUUCUCACUCUCUAAGUGCGGGGAACGAAAAGGGGCAAAGGGAUACUAUCCUCAGCUUGACACCUUUGGAACCUUCUGCAGCGGAAGAAAUACCUUCAUCACAAUUGCGGGAUCCUCAACGUAGCGAUGGUAUCAUUUCUUCCUUGAUUUCUGCGGCACAAAAUGCUGCACAACACCUCAUAAUUAAGCCUUCUGGAGGUGGUAAUGCUGAAUUGAAUGAUGCUGGUUCCGAGAGAGUUCGAAAUUUUGCUCCAUCUUCUGAAAACGGGAUUAAUGGCGAUGUUCGUCAUUUUGAUACCGACAAUUAUGAUCCGUGGAUACAAAAACAGCAGCAACGACUAAGACCAGCAGUACGCAGUCCUUCAUUUCUCAAACACCUUGACCUAAUGUUGUCCUCAAACCCAUGUGUGGACAAUGCCAAUUAUAUGCCUGUCUGUACAGGGAACACUCCUUUGUCUGAUAAUUCCGCAAAUGCGGGAGCAACGCAAUAUAGUGGUAAUGGUUGGCAGAGUAUGACGGAUAACAGCGAAUUAUCUACUGAAGAAGGACUUCGUGACGGCAAUGAAGAAUCCAGGGUUGCUCGUGACCCUGCCAUGCCUGGGGGAACCGAAAGGCAGAUUAGACCUGUGGCUAAUAACGUAUUGCAGGGCAAUACCAGCGAAGCAAGGGCUAUGGGUUCUAAAUCUCCUAUAGAUAACUUGGCAUUUUUGCCCUAUAAGGCGAAUUCUGCAGCAGCAGAGAUUGGCAAUGGAGAGUUAACGUUAGAGUUCUUCGAUAAAUCUAAUGAAAUUAAACUCCCAGCAAAAGAGGGCGUAAACAUGUCAAUUACUGCAGCACCUCCUGUUAUGCGAGCCCCAUCUUUCCCUCUAAUGGAGCAAAGUCCCGAAAUAGCAACAACUUUUAGAUCCCGCCAAAGGGGCGUAACUUUACCUUCGAAAGAUUUUCUGCACCCUCGCAGAUAUUCCGACCCUACCAAGUUCUCAACUCCACAUAAUCUUGGAAAACUAGAUUUGAGCGGUAGUGUUCGUUUGGAGGAGGUCCCAACAGUGCGGAAAGUUAACAAGGAGGCGAUCAACGAGGUCGAAAAUAAUACGGAGCUAAAUCCUAAAAAUAGCGCUCGAUUUGCGAGAUCGUAUUCUCCAUCCCAUGUGCGCCUAAAGAGGUUUCCGUCGUUAACAUUUGGCGCUGUGAAAAGCUCUUUUUAUUCCGCUGAUGCAGAACUUCAAAAUGACAAUAUUAUCGUUGGCGCCAACUCUGUAGCCGCUUCAGUUGAUAAGAGAGAAGAUGGAUUUCCUGGAUCCAUUUUUGACUUGGAUACAAAGUCAUAUGCAUCAAGCAAAAGGAACUAUGAAUUUCACAUAUUGUUUAAAGACAGAGAAAUCUCACCUUUUGAGAGAUUAAUAGCUGAUUACAGUUGUGCAUGGUCAAGGAAUAUACUAAUACAAGGACGUCUUUAUAUUUCUACUGAAAACUUGGCCUUUUAUUCCAACAUUUUAGGCUAUGUUAGCACUGCUAUUAUUCCUUUAAAAGAAAUCCUACAGGUUGAGAAGAAGAAUACUGCUGGAAUAUUUCCCAACGCAAUAGCGUUCCAUACGUUACAGAAAAAGUACGUAUUUGCCUCUUUUAUUUCAAGGGAUACGACUUUUGAAGUGAUUGUAAAUGUUUGGAAUCAGCUUGUGUUGGGUGACACUUCGUCUCAUAAAUCCAACGAUAAGAUUGGCGACUUGAAAGAAGAAGGUCAAUCUUCAAAUGAUAUUAAGGGACCGGACUUAGAAUACCGGCUACACGAAAAUUAUGAUAGUGAUGAAAAUAUAUACUCAGGAGCCGGGAAAGGUUCUAUUGGUUAUGAAGGAUCUGACUACGAGGAUGAUUACACAGAUAGCAAUAUCCUCUCAGAACUUGAGGUUGAGAGUAUUAACCGUUAUGAAAGCGGAGUUUUAAAGGCGCCAUCUGGAUCAAGCAUUUCUAUUAUUGGUGCCCACGAGCAUGCUCCUACACUUCCUCAGUAUUCGACAAGUCCUUCAGAAAGGAGAAUUGUGCAAGCAACAGUAAACGCUCCAGUGGGCAAAGUUGCAGCUGUUUUAUUUGGAGACGAGACUAGCUACCUAAAGGGCAUACUAACUUCAUUAAAAUGUACGGACAUAACCGAGAUAGGUCAGCUUUUACAGUCGAAAAGAAGGACUUACAGUUAUACCAAGCCAAUAAACUCCCCACUUGGUCCAAGCAGCACAGUUUGCCACAUAACAGAGACUGUUGAGAAUUUUGAUGCCGACGCGUAUAUUAUCGUUAGCCAAAUUUCAAAAACACCAGACGUGCCAUCUGGUAACUCGUUCCAGGUCAGGGCUACAUUUGUUCUAUCAUGGAGCGAAAAUAAUUGCACAAACUUAGAAAUAUACGUAGGUGUGGAAUGGACAGGAAAGUGUUGGGUUAAAGCUGCCAUAGAGAAAGGAGUCUUCGAUGGUGUGGAUGUGACUAUGAAGGAAUUGGUAAGCAUAUUACAAAAGAUGCUGAAACCAAGUAAACGUUCCAAUUUUAAACAGCAAAACAGGGAGCCAGUUUCUACAUUCUCACUACCAACCAUAGGCCCAAGUUCACACCCACCCACACCAAUUCAGUAUGUUAAACAAGCGGGCGAUAAUGUUGUUUCCGAUUCGAUUAACAUAAACUCUCCUUUGGGCACUGUAUAUCAACUACUAUUCGGUGAUGAUACCUCCUAUAUCAAAAGGAUUUUAGAGAAACAAAAAGUUUUUGAAUUAUCUGAAAUACCAAAGUUUAAUGAAGGCAAGAGAGAAUAUGAAUAUACCAGACCUCUAACAAACCCUCUAGGGCCUAAAAGUACUCGCUGUUAUAUUCAGGAGCAGAUAUUAAAUUUCAAUGUUGACAGUCAUGCAUGUAUUGAACAAAUAGGUAAAACGCCUGAUGUGCCUUCCGGUAAUUCAUUUGCUGUUCAUACUAGAUACUAUUUGUCUUGGGGAAAGAAUAACUCAACGAACAUGUUAGUGGUAACAAAUGUAGAGUGGACCGGUAGAAGUUGGAUUAAGGGUGCUAUCGAAAAAGGCUCUGUGGAAGGCCAAAAAGUAGGUGUUAAAAUAAUGGCAGAGGAAUUGAAAGCAAUUGUGGAAACUAACAGCUCCACUACUGUACAGAGGCGUGCUACCCAAAAACGUAAAAAUUCCCAGAGACCUAAGAAAUCAAAGUCUCCUAAGUUGACCCGUGUGGAAUCAAAAACCAUUCAAAAAGGCGGAUGGAAUGACCGUGUGUCACAUAUUAACAAGGUCUUUCCAAUACUUGAUCUUAACUCUUCCUGGACUAGAAUCAUUAUACUGGGCAUUUUGAUCUUGAUACUCUUGACAGUUUUGUUUCCUGUUCUAAGUUUUAGAAGCAGCAAAGUUAACUUUUCUGAACCCGGUAAGAUUCUAAUCAACGGAUUUGAAUACAACUACACGCCAGCUAUAAAUACACUAUAUGAUGUCGAUAAGGAUCAUAAACAAAAAAAUCAACUAGAAGUUUUAGCAAGUGCUGAAUCUUCUAUUUGGGAUUGGAUAGACAGCAGAAGCGGUAUAGUUGAUGCUGGUAAAUCUCUUUAUUCUUAUCGUAAAUCUGAUGAUCUAGUAAAAAAUCAUAAACGUCAAGAACUCCGAGAAGCAAUUAAAAUUGCAGAGUUGGAACUUGAGCAGCUAAAAGAACGAAUGGAAUCACUUUAA